AUGAAGGGCACAUUCGGGGGGAAAAUGUUGAACCGUAGAUCAGCAUUGAUCGGAUUCAUCAGUUGCUUUUGUUUUUCUUCCACAUUUCUCAGUGGUAGUAUUGUUGCUGCUUCAUCUCACGACCCAUUACUCGGAUCCGCUCGCGUUGUUUUUCAGACCAAUUAUGGAGACAUCGAAUUCGGGUUCUACCCGAGCGUCGCCCCAAAAACCGUUGAGCACAUCUACAAGCUGGUUCGUCUCGGAGGCUAUAACACCAACCACUUCUUUAGGGUUGAGAAGGGCUUCGUUGCCCAAGUGGCUGACGUCGCCAGCGGGAGAUCGGCUCCCAUGAACGAGGAGCAGAGAAGAGAAGCUGAGAAGACGGUGAUCGGUGAGUUCAGUCAAGUUAAGCAUGUCAGGGGCAUUCUCUCAAUGGGAAGACAUGAAGACCCAAAUAGUGCCGCAUCCUCUUUCUCAAUGCUUCUUGGAGAUUCCCCUCAUCUUGAUGGUCAGUAUGCAAUAUUUGGGAAAGUUACUAAGGGUGAUGAGACCUUGAAGGCGCUUGAGGAACUCCCUACUCGCCGUGAGGGGAUUUUUGUGAUGCCCACUGAGCGCAUUACAAUUCUGUCAUCAUACUACUAUGAUACCGAGAUGGAGAGUUGUGAACAUGAGAGGUCAAUUAUGAAGCGGAGGCUCGCUGCAUCUGCUAUUGAAAUUGAAAGACAGCAAGCAAAUAUGAGCAUGAAGAAAUGUUGCGGUUGCCUUCAACCAGCCAGAUACCCGUUCUUGUAUUUUGUGAGACAAAAGUUGGGAAAUGGUGAGAAAAUAUUAAAGACCAGUUCGUAG